AUGACAGAUUCGGAGCUGACAGUUGUUGCGGUAUUGAAUAUGAAAAUGAACCAUGUGGGAAUUUUAAAGGGUACAGAUGUAAUGGAACAUCUGGAAAUUAUUGAAACAAACCAACAACAACAACAACAACAACAACAACAGCAAUCACCAGAUAUGAUACAUUCAGAAUCAAAUGAAUCAAAUUUAGAUUAUUUAAAUAUUCCAUUACCACCACCAUUAUCACCAUCAAAAAAUCCUCAUUUUAUAAAAAGAACAAAUAGAAUAAUAAUAUUGGAGAAUUUAUUUCAAUCGAUUAAAAAUAAAUCAUUAAAUAGUCUAAAAAAUUGUAUAUCUAUUGCAUAUGGAUUAGUUCGUUCAACUUCUUCAAUUGAAUUCGAGGAUGAUUAUGAACAAGAAACAUUGAUGUUGCAAAUGCUGAUGAUUAUGUUCAUUUACGUCAAUCUUCUAGUAAAUUUGAUCAUAUAUUAG